AUGAGAAACGCACAAACGCCCUCCUCGCAAGAGCAUGGUACCCCAUUUUGCGAGUCAGCACCACAGUUUACAAAGACAAACGGUUACAUAACGCAGCCUACGGAUACAGUAGAAAUUCGCCAACUAUUUGAACAAUCCAGUGGCACAUCUUCAUCCCAGACUUUACUGGCAUCACCACCAUCACAGUCAAGAGUUACAAAUGUUGAUACUAUUCUCCGACGUAAUGAAAAACAACCAAAUAAGAAAAGGAAACAAUCGCCAUCGGCGGCCGCCAUUACGGGCUUCCAGAGGCAAAUGUUGGAGGUCGAAGAAAAGAAAAUCGCAGCUUUCAAAGAGAGAAGUAGAAUGGUUGAUGACGAGGAUAUGCUAUUUGCUAAGUCCUUGGUUCCUUAUCCGAAAAUUCUUCACCCUAUUCAAAAGCUGAGAUUGAAAAGUAAAAUUCAAAACCUAAUUGCUGAUGAAAUGGCAGCAUCGCCUGUUUCUGAUCAUAACAUCGUUCUUUCCUCACACCGCUUUUCAGAAUUCCAAGUUUCAUCCGGCUGUAUUCAGCCUCGGGAUAACCUCGACAAUAUCUCACGCGAUGCCUCAAUACCCAUUAAAAAUGCCUCUAUCGCUAUAGUCGAUGAUCAAACAUUGUAUUCUAUUUAA